AUGAUAGAAGAACGAUUGUUGGGGUUCGUAGAAUGUUCUCAGCAACGUGAUGCGUCAAGCUUGUGCACUUUGAUAAUAAAUUUCAUAGAUAAAUUGGGCCUAAGAAACUUUCCAAUAAUUGCACAAGCCUAUGAUGGUGCAAGCGUGAUGUCGGGAAGAAACGGUGGCUUACAAGCAAAGAUAAGGGAAAUACAUCCUGAAGCGAUUUACAUUCACUGUAUGGCCCACAGACUUAACUUAGCUGUGGUUGACUCAUGCAAUGACAUACAGGGAGUUAAAGAGUUUUUCAAUAUCUUGGAAUCUUUAUUUGUGCACUUUUCCCAGCCGUCAAACCAUAAAACCUUCAUUGAGACACAGAAGGCAUUAGGAACCAAGACACUGGAACUCAGUAGGAUUUCAGACACUAGAUGGAGUUGUAGGAGCAAUAAUUGCCAAGCCGUUAAAAAUAAUUAUUCCUCAAUUAUUGUGGCUCUUAAAUAUGAAAUUGAGGAAAAUUCCAAUAGAAACGUUGUUGAGGCGAUGGGUCUUUUAACAAGCUUGACUACAAGCAAGUUUCUAGUUAAUUUAGUUCUGCUGACUGACAUUUUGUUAACUGUAAAUGUUUUGAGCAAACAACUACAAGGAAAGGAGAGUACAUUAGGGGCAUCCACAGACAUCAUAAAUGGAACUAUAAAAUGCUUGGAAGAGAAAAGGAAUGAGGCAUCAUUUAAUACUUUAUGGCAAGAGAUUAAAAAAAUAGCACAAGAAAGUGAUAUUAUUUUAGAUAUUGGAAGAACUUCCAAGAGAAAAAGGACAAUGCCACCUAAUUUGACUGAUUUUGCAGUAAUGUCGACUAUAGGACGGGAUGAAAAUGAAGAUGCUUGUACUAGUUCUGAAACAUCUUUGAAUGAAAUAAAGAAUUUUUGGCUUAGAAAUGCUCAUUACCGUAUACUUGACAGUGUAACAAAUCACUUGAAAAUCCGUUUUUCCGAAGAGAGUCAACGUCUAGCUAUUUCAGUCAAUAAAUUUUUGGAAAUGGAUCCAAUAGGAAGCCUGUUCUUCAUAGAACACUACAAAAAACUAUUUAACAUUGAUACGGAGUCUCUUAAAGCGGAGAUGCUUGUUAUAAAAAAUUGCCCUGAUAACAAGAUCGGUGAUAAGUUGUCAAACCUCAAAUCCAUUGUCACAAAAAAUACAUUUCCACAUACAUUCCGACUGCUACAAGUAGCAUUGAUUCUUCCAAUUGGAUCAACUACUUGUGAGAGGUCUUUUUCAACCAUGCGUCGCAUAAAAACAUGGUUAAGGAGUCGAAUGAGCCAAGAUAGGUUUAGUAAACUUUCAAUACUAAACAUCAAUAGUGAUAUGGCGAAAAAUAUUGAACAUCAGGAGAUAAUUGAUGGAUUCUCAAAAUCCGGAAACAGAAAAUUACAACUAUUUUAA